CAAAGAAACCAUAUCCAACCUAUUAGACAAACACAUCAGGCGACAGAUCAACAAACACUACAUACUGAAACUACUGGAUUUAUGCUUAAUAACCCACUUUUCCAUUCAACAGCAGGAUAUAUGCGCAGAUCAAUGGGACUUCCAUGGGCUUAUCCAUCUCUGGACUGAUAGCAUAGACAGUCAUGCAAAAACUGGAACAAACAGCCUGCCCGCAGACCCAACCUAAGCUGUGGAUCAGAUAUGUGGAUGACACUUUUGUAAUUAUGACAAAAACAGAAACUGAGAACACCCACCGACUCAUCAACACCAUACUCACAGGGAUCACAUUUACAAGAGAGGGGAAAAACAACAACAAACUCCCAUUCCUGGACAUGAUAAUGGAAAGAAAAGCGAAUGGUGAUUUCACUCCAAAAAUGUACAGGAAAUCCACACACACUGGCCAGGUCUUAAACGAUCACAGCAACCACCCCAACUCAGACAAGAGGCGCUGCAUUAGGCCCCUGUACAAAAGGGCCGCUACACACUGCAGUACACCCGAUCUGCAGAAGGAAGAAGAAGAAUACCUCCACAAGGUCUUUUACCAGGAAUGAAUACCCCCGCAGCUUCAUCCACAGAUGCCUCGCCAACAGACAACACAAUCAGGACACACCAAAAGCCAAAACAAUAACCACCAUACCAUAUAUGAAAAAGUCUCAACUUAAUAGCCAGACUACUCAGACAGCUAAGAAUCAUGACAGCACACAAACUGGUUGCUACACUAAGACAGCAACUGACCACAGUUAAAGACCCAGCAGAUACUAUGGACAGGAUGAAUGUGGUCUACAAGAUACCAUGUGGAGACUGCACUAAACACUACAUUGGACAAACUGGCAUCCACAACCACCAGCUAGCAACUAAAUAACAUGACCUUGUCCUUGCUUUCAAUACACACAGAUGAGAAAACCCACACUUUCAACUGGGACAACACCACUAUCAUUGGACGAGCCAGGUAGUGGACAGCCAGGGGAUUCUUGGAGGCUUGGCGUUCGUCGGCAGGCUCCAUCAAAAAGACAUUGAAUCAGCCCAGAUAUACCGACCAUAACAACGUACAGCUGGAACUGGCACUUACUGGAAGCAGCAAAAACUAGACCAUAUAUAUUCAAACGGGCACAAGACAACAGCAGUUCACAGGACGUUCCAUGACACUGAGGAUGUCACCUACUAAGGGGACGAAAUGUCCACUGUCAAACCUCCCAACUCAGCAAACGCACAAACAUCUACUGACUCAAAAACAGCCAAACAAUAAAGGAGAAAGCAUAAUUAGAUUGCUGACAGUCAGAUCCUACAAAUGUGGAAAUUAUACACCACUUUCUGAAGCAAGGGCAGAAGGCAUAAGUCAGCCUUACAGACAGUAAAUUAUGGUGCAAAGGCAUCUCCUUAUCUGGAAACCUUGGACGUGACUCCUGCCACAAUUUGCUGUGCACUGAAACCUCUUGUGAAUGCACCUCGAUUCUGCAUCGCUGCUGCACGAGGCAAGGCAUGGGGAAUGACAGCCAGAAUCCCACGUGUCUUACCAACGACUCAUUCAAGUAUACCCUGUAUGGCUCCGUGUACAGCGUUGUAUUUAUCCUCGGUUUGCUGACAAACUGCACCUCACUGUAUUUCUUCAGCUGCAAAAUGAAGAUGCGGAAUGAGACCACAAUAUUUAUGACCAAUCUUGCGGUCUCGGACCUCCUUUUUGUCUUUACGCUGCCCUUUAAGAUUUUUUACAACAUCAAUCGCCACUGGCCAUUUGGUGACGGGCUGUGCAAGGUCUCAGGGACAGCGUUCCUCACGAACAUAUACGGGAGCAUGCUGUUUCUCACCUGUAUCAGUGCUGACCGAUUCCUGGCCAUAGUUUACCCUUUUAGGUCUCGGGCCAUCAGGACAAGGAGAAACACCAGCAUCAUUUGUGCAGGAGUGUGGCUCCUGGUGCUCAGUGGGGGAAUCUCUGCAUCUUUAUUCUCCACCACUAACAUCAGGGGGAAUAACUCCAGUACCACCUGCUUCGAAGGUUUCUCCAAAGAUACCUGGAAAACCUAUCUGUCCAAGAUCACCAUAUUCAUUGAAAUAGUUGGAUUUCUUAUUCCCUUGCUGUUGAAUCUGACCUGCUCUUCGCUGGUUCUGAGGACUCUGAGGAAACCAGAAACGUUGUCUCCAAUUGGAGCCAACAAAGAAAGGGUACUGAAGAUGAUUAUUGUGCACUUGUCCAUUUUCAUUAUAUGUUUUGUGCCCUACAACUCCAUCCUGUUUAUCUAUGCUCUUGUGCGUUCCCAAGCAAUUGCAAACUGCUCCUUGGAGAGGUUUGCCAAAACCAUGUAUCCAAUCACUUUGUGCCUGGCUACCACAAACUGCUGCCUCGACCCCUUUGUUUAUUACUUUACGUCGGAAUAUUUUCAGAAGUAUUUCAACAUAAGACCCUGCACCAAGCUUGAUUCCAUUUUUAAAAGUGAAACACCACUAACAGUGAAGGGGGAGGCAAUGGCCGAUUCUGUAAAUCGGAAUGGAGCCAAUAUUCAUUUAGAAUCACAGUUUUAAGCUUGGUAUCUGAAUGAUUGAAAAUUACCUUCAGGACUCUAAUACGCCACCUGUUCUGUGUGGUAAGGCUGCAGGAUUUCAGAAGAAAAGGGUGGAAUUUUCCCUUCCCUGUUGCAGCAACAGUCAUGGCAAGUAAAGUGUUGAAACAGGGCAGGAGUGAAAAAGUCAGAUUCUUGGAAAAGCGAAAAAUGUUCCUGAUUUCCCUCUCGAACUGCAACUUUAGAAUCUCACCCUUGAGUGGUGAUUGCUGUAUUUCCGCACCUUUGCGUCUCAUUAAAAGAACCAGCUUGCCCUAGUUACAUCCCACUUCCAAUUCUCCUGUCCUCCACUGAGAAACAAGGCAGUGCAAAUUCCUGACAGGUCAAACAGAAUGGACACUUAUCAGCUGCAGCUCACCAUUUGCAUGUCCCGGCCAUCAAUUAAAUGUAUCUUCACAAUAAUGCCCCUACUAGAUCCACAGCCACUAUUCUCCUUGAUCCUUCCUUCAUCCACCCAAAUCCACGUAAAAAACCACUAGCCACACUACGUGUUGCCUGCACUCAGACCAAUUCAGUUUCUCACCACAUCACACCUUCAAUAUCACUUUGUGCUGAUGGAUGUUGUGGGAUAUUGCAUUUUGGUAAAACAAACUAGGGCAGGACUUAGACAGCCCUGGGUAGUGUUGUAGAGAAACGUAUGGGUUCAAGUACAUAAUUCUUUCAAAUUUGCAUCAUGGGUAGACAGGAUGAUUAAGAAGGUGUUUAGUAUGCUUGCCUUCAUUGCUCAGACCUUUGAGUAUAGGAGUUGGAACAUCAUGUUGAGGUUGUACAGGAAUUUGGGGAGGCCUCUUCAAGAGAACUGGGUGCAGUUCUGGUUGCUCUGCAAUAGGAAGGAUAUUGUUAAAUUGGAGAGGGUUCAAUAAAGAGUUACCAGGAUGUUGCUGGGAAUGGAGGGAUUUAAAUAGGCUGGCAUUGGUUGAGAGGCUUUUCAGUGAAGUUUAGGAGGUUGAGUGGUGACCUUAGGGAGGUUUAUUAAAUCAUGAGGAAUAUAGAGAAGGUGAAUAGUAACAGUCUUUUCUCGAGGGUGGGGUAAUUCAAAAGUAAGGAGCAUAUUUUUAAGGUGAAGUGAGCAAGUUUUAAAAAGGACAUGAGAGGCAACUUUUUUUCGCUCAGAGAAUGGUUUAUGUGUGGAAUGAACUGCAGAGGAAGUGGUGGAUGCAGGUACAGUUAUAACUUCUAAAAAACAUCCGGUUAAGUACAUGAAUGGCAAAGGUUAGGACGGAUAUGGGCCAAAUGCAGGCAAGUGGGACUGGUUUAGUUUUGGGAACAUGGUCGGCGUGGACUGUUUGGGCAGAAGGAUCUAUUUCCAUGCUGUAUGAUUCUAUGACUCUAUUCUGCCAGGUCACAUGGGUGGCAUGGUGGCUCACUGAUUAGCACUGCUGUCUCACAGCGCCAGGGACCUGGGUUCAAUUCCACCCUCAGGUGACUGUGUGUGUGGAGUUUGCACAUUCUCUGUGUGUCUGCAUGGGGUUCCUCCAAGUGCUUCGGUUUCCUCCCACAGCCCAAAGAUGUGCAGGUUAGGUGGAUUGGACAUACUAAAUUGCCCAUGUUCAGGGAUGUUUAUGUUAGGGGGAUGGGUCUGGGUGGGAUAUUCUAAGGGUUGGUAUGGACUUGUUGGGCCGAAGGGCCUGUUUCCACACUAGCGAUUCUAUGGUUGUGAGCAGUGACAGCCACACAUACAUGGAGAUGCUGUCAUGUUAAAACAAAACACAUCUUAAAGCUUCUAACUCACUUACUGAACUCUCUUACUUUUCAUCACUGAGUUUUACGUACAGGGAUUUGGCUAUGAUCAAUCCAAUUGGGCAGUGAUCCAUGGUCAAGUGCAAGCAGUCCAGGGAAUACACACAGGUCAGUUGCGAUGCUCAGUUCUUGCUGCAGUGAGAGAAUAGGAAGGAUUGAUUGGUAUGCAAGUGGUCAGCAGGAGAAAGCAAUCCCCUCUUCUCUACCAGGCCUGUCCUCCAGCAUCUCCUGUCCUGGAGUGGGGAUACAGCAUGUCUUGAUGACGUUUGCUGUGUUGAGUACUGCAUUGUGAGGGGACAUUCAAACAUCUACUAACAUGGUGCUCAGCAGGGCCUUCAAACAUGACUCCAGAUGUAAUGGAUGCCAGAAGUUCACAGUCGUGGCCAACACUUCCUUCUCUCUGGCCAUUCCCAUGAAAUGCACCCAAAAACCAGGUCGCAUUAGUUAGGCAGUGAAAAGCAAAAGGUUGCGGAUGGUACUUCACUACCAGCCAUUAAACUCACUUGCUGCCUACAAAUGGGAAAAUUCAGCCCGUGGCGAUGACAUAUGUCGGUAUACUUUGUAUAGAAUACAGUAACUUUUUAGACCCAAACAGCCACUGAUGUUAACGAUCGUCCAGUAGCAGAUUCUCACCCUCCAAUACUCCAAACCAACAUGUGUUUGGUUCACUUGCAAAGCUUAUCUGAUGAAGAAAGGUUCCUUAUUAUAAUUCUCAAACUUGGUUAUAACUGAUAAUAUACAACCUCUGACCAUUCACCUCAUUUCUGUUGCACAUUCUAAAUGAACCAGGCAUCUGAUCUGUUAUUUAGUUAAAACAAAAGCAUGGUAAAUCGAAUACUCUACCAUUUCUGGCUUUUGUCAGGUCUUGCUUUUAAUUCAAAUAACUUAGCUAGCCUUUCAAUGAAUUCUUGGUUCACAGCCAGCAGGAAGAUUCAGAAUGUCAACCUGCAUUGGCAAGUCGUCGAAGUGAACCACAUUAAGAAUAACUCCUCCACAGUCAAACUUACGCUAAACAAUCGUACCUGUCACAUUUCAGACAGAUUAUUUUGUCUGGCAGAUAUUAGGGAAGUAAUGCAACAAGAGGAACACAAACCUUGAGGGCAAAUCAAUACAAGAGGUCAAAAAGGAGUCUCUGAUCCUUUAGACCUCUGCAAUUUUGAAGAGAUUUACAAGUCUAGGACAUAAAUGCGUUAUAUAUGGAACCUGAAGCUCGAGAGAGCCAGUACUCUGUGUCCCUAACAAGUCAUUCUGUUCAAAGGUAGUGCUGCUGUACUGUUUAACAUUGCUUGUUUGUUUGUGUGUCACUGAACCUAAACUAAUGAAAAUAAAUUUGCAUUUAUGUGAUUACAA